UCAGUAACAGAAAGUGGCCGCCUCUCCGCCGCCGCCGCUGCCGACUCAAAGCUCAACAGUACUCGCUCGGCGCCCUUCACCGCCAUUUUGGAGUCAGGGAACCGAGAGUCGGCAGCGGCGACGAGAGAGACGCAAAAGGGGGCCGAGGUGAGAGACUCCGUGCUUGGAUGUUAUGGCGACGGGGGGGAAGAUGGCCGGGAAGGGAGAAAGAAUUAAAAAACAUGGGGAUCGAACACCACACUGUCAAGCUCCUGCUGCAAGGACACUCCAGGGGCGGGCGGAGGGCCUUGUUGUUCCCCGCAACGCGAUUACCUGGAUUAACAAUAAAGCAUCAAAGCUGCAUCUUCAUAGAUUGUUUAGGCAUGGAGGUGGUGGCCUUAAAGAGGGCUUGAUUACUUCAUAUUAAAGCCGUGCGAGUGUCAAAAACACCGUUGUAGCUCACAUGCUAAUGCUAAUAACGCCAGCAACCAAACAGACUAGCCUAAAAUGUCCAAACGUCCCCAUAUGUCACCUGCACGUUUUUAAAUGUGCAAGAUGUCGGUGUUUACUGUGCAUCGAUGACCCCUUUAACUUAAGUUGAUAUGGUGCCAUGCUAGCAGCUGGGAGUUAACACGGAGGCUAACUCACGUUCAGUUCAACGUCCAAGGUUAGCCAGCCGCGUAGCUUCACUCUGCUAGGCUAACCGCGUCUACCGUUAGCGUGACGAGCACAAGGCUGCGGUAUCACAAUCAUUUGCGAUCAUUUUCACAAACUUUGUGUCUUUAAUGACUUAAAGUCCUGCUCGUAUGAGUUGAGAAACGUAAAUUAUUAAACCACACUGGGCGUUUCUGUAUGUCUGCUAAAUUGAUAGAAAAAAUAAUCGUGUUUAAAUGUACUGUAUAGACAUGUAAACAGAAUAUAGUGUUACGCCAGAUUAUCAAAAUUUAAAUAAAAACCUGAUGCACUGACCGGAUAUAAGACGACCUUGAAUAUUCAAGAUUCUGGAGUUUUAUUGCCAUAUGCAUAGUAAAACAGGCAGUUAUACUAUGCAAUGAAAUUCUUAUUCUGUUCAUUCUCCCAAGAAAAGAAAGAAAACACAAUAAAAAGAAUAACAUAAGAAACAUAUGUACCAAUAAAUUAAGCAACAACAACAGAAGAGACAUUAAUACAGAUAAAUAAUACAAAUAAAUAAGUGUGUGUGUUGUGUGCGGCGUGUGUGAGUGCAUCGUUGAGAAGCCUGAUGGCCUGUGGGUAAAAGCUGUUUGCCAGCCUUGUGGUCCUGGACUUCAAACUCCUGUAGCGUCUGCCUGACGGUAGGAGUGUGAAUAAUGAGUGUUGUGGAUGUGUGCUGUCCUUGAUGAGGUUGUGUGUUCUUCGUAGGACUUUAGUUUUAUAAAUGUCUUGCAGUGAGGGGAGGGCUGCCCCAACAAUGUUCUGUGACGUCUUGAUCACCCGCUGGAGUGCCUUCCUAUCACGUGUUGUACAGUUACCGUACCAAACAGUGAUGGAGGCGGUAAGGACACUUUCCAUAGUGCAUCUGUAGAAGCAACUAAGGAUUUUGGUGGACAUGCCAAAUUUCCUCAGUCUUCUCAGGAAGUACAGUCUCCUUUGGGACUUCAUAAUUUGUUGGGUGUUGUGAGACCAGGUGAGGUCCUCGCUGAUGUGUGUGCCAAGGAACUUGAAGGUUUUCACCCUCUCCACCUCAGUCUCAUCAAUAAACAGGGGUCUAUGCGGCUCCUUUUCCCUUGUUCUUGGGUCGAUGAGAAGGAGAUUGUUAUCACGACACCAAGCUAUGAGGUCCGCCACCUCUCUUCUGUAUGAUGUUUCAACACCACCAGUGAUCAGUCCGAUGACUGUAGUGUCAUCCGCAAAUUUAAUGAUGCUGGUGUUUUUCUGGGAGGCCACGCAAUCGUAGGUGAAGAGCGUGUAGAGGAGCGGACUCAGCACACACCCCUGUGGGGUCCCAGUGCUCACAAUUCUUGAGCUGGAUGUGCGAUUGUGGACUCUGACUGACUGGGGCCCGCCUGUUAGAAAGUUAAACACCCAGUUACAGAGGGAGGGUGACAGGCCAAGUGUGAGGAGCUUAUCUGUGAGUUUGUGGGGGCUGACUGUGUUAAAAGCAGAGCUAUAAGUCUAUAAAUGGCAUUCUGACAUAUGUGUCCUGGCCCUGUAGGUGAGAAAGGGCUGUGUGGAUGGCAGUGUUGACUGCAUCAUCAUUGGACCGGUUCUGGCGGUAUGCAAACUGUAGAGGGUCCACAGUUGCCGGGAUGCUCUUAUUGAUGUGGGUCAUGACUAUUCUUUCAAAGCACUUAAUAUAAGAUAAGAUAAUAUAAGUGCCACUCUUUUUCAAGUCCUGUUUUUGCAAAAAUAUGUUUUAAGACAAAAUCAGUAUAUAUUUAAAAAAUAAUGUUUUCCAUAUCAGUCAUCAUAUGAAUGGCAAUAACUUAAAAUUUGCACCUGUUUGCUAAGGCUGUGUUCACACUUAUGGUUCAGUAAAAAAAAAAAGCAUAAAGAAAGACAUGCUGGCAACCAGUCCAGGGUGUACCCCGCCUGUCGCCCGAAGUCAGCUGGGAUAGGCUCCAGCAUGCCCCUGCGACCCUAAAGAGGAGAAGCAGUAUAGAAAUGGAUGGAUGGAUGUUUGCUUUUGUGUCUUUAUUAUGUGACAUAACUCAAGUAUUCCCAGCCAGAAUGCUGUCUGCUGGGUUGAAUACGCUGGUUAUUUUCCAAUUCUGCGAUAUAUGCCAAACUCUUAGUCCUUACUGAACCAAUGACUGGAACUCUAGUCUUGAAAUUAGCGCCCUCUGGAGGGUUGUCAAAUGUUAGCACCCGUCACAAUCAAUUCUGUAUGCUCGAUGGCUAAUUUUUCUUUACAAUGAGUGACCAUACAUCUCUCUUGUUUUAAGGGACUGGGGGAUAAUGACAUCUCAUAUUGAGAAGUGAAAGUCCCUGGCCAGCAGUUGGACGGGUGGGCGGGUGGGGGGGGCGGCCUAUCCGUACUGUAUGGCGUCAGGGCAGGGUGGGCGGCCGGAGGUCGGAGCAGUGGGGGGCUCGGGCCUGGCCAAACCUCUCUACCUGCAACGCCUGGAGCGGUCCUUGAGGCUGGACAGCUUCUUACGUCAGACGGCCGCCAUCUUCAACAGAGACAUCACCAGUGAUGACAGUGAUGACAGCGAUGGCGCUCUGGGGUCCGCGCUCUCCAUGGAGCCCUGCUCUGUGCAACAUGCCACCAUGACGGUGAAAAGUGAGCCAUGUGACCAAGGGGAUUCUUUUGCGGAAGGCAAGCCCCUGAAUGGCGUCCUGCUGCAAGAACAAAAGACGAACCUCUACAAUUUCUCUAAAAUGAAGAAGAACCGCAAAUGGCUGAAGAGCAUACUGCUGAGCGACAACACCACGGACUCGGACACGGACUCGGACGACUCGGACUUCAGUUUGUCGCGGGAGGAGCUCCACGACAUGCUGAGGCUGCAUCGCUACACCAGGCAGCACCAGAGCAAGUUCCACAUGGACCCUGAGCUUCAGCAGUACCAGUUCUACAGCACGGGUCUACUCUCCACUCAAGACCUGUUCCGCGAGCAACAGCGCUACCUGUUGGGCCCAAAGAAGAAGAAAAUCAAGGACGAGAAGAAAUUCAAAGGAAAGCUGAAAAAAGUGAAGAAGAAGAAGAAACGUGGCGAAGGAGACUUUACGGACGAUGGCCUCCCUUACGUCACCAAGACCUUUGCUAAGUUUUCCCACGAUGCGCCUGUGGCGAUGGUGAAGAAGAAGCACCUGACUGUGGAGCAGCUGAAUGCACGACGGCGCAAAGUGUGGCUUACUAUUGCCAAGAAGGAGAUCCCCAAGUCGUUCAAGCAGAAGACCUCCGCUAAGAACCUCGUCUUGACCAACGCUAAGAAGUUGGCCCACCAGUGCAUGCGGGAGGUCCGACGCGCGGCCAUCCAGGCCCAGAAGAACUGCAAGGAGACGCUUCCCCGCGCUCGCCGCCUCACCAAGGAGAUGAUGCUCUACUGGAAGAAAUACGACAAAGUGGAAAAGGAGCACCGGAAGAGGGCCGAGAAGGAGGCCCUGGAGCAGCGGAAACUGGACGAGGAAAUGAAAGAGGCCAAGCGUCAGCAGCGCAAACUCAACUUCCUCAUCACCCAGACGGAGCUGUACGCCCACUUCAUGAGCGGCAAAGCCUCGGCGGGCGGCUCGGAAGGAGAUGAAGCGCAGGAGGAGAUUUUGAAGAAGCUGGACGACACCAGCGGCAGCAGGCAAAUCGACAUCGGAGGAGGCGUGAUGGUCAACAUGGGGCAGGAGGACUACGACAGCGAAUACUACAAGUCUCAGGCCUUGAGGAACGCCCAGGAGGCCUACCAGAUCCAUCAGGCGAGAACACAAAUGUUUGACGAGGACGCCCAGGACAGCCGCCAUGCAUCCCUGGCGUCGUCCUCCUCCUCCGCCGCUUGCGGCUUUGGCGAGAGCUACAGCCUCUCCAACCCGUCCAUACAGGCGGGCGACGACAUCCCUCAGCCCACCAUCUUCAACGGCAAGCUGAAGGGCUACCAGCUGAAAGGCAUGAACUGGCUGGCCAACCUCUAUGAGCAGGGUAUCAAUGGCAUCCUUGCAGAUGAGAUGGGGCUUGGGAAGACGGUCCAGAGCAUCGCCCUGUUGGCCCACCUAGCAGAGAGAGACAACAUCUGGGGUCCUUUUCUCAUCAUCUCCCCGGCGUCCACGCUCAACAACUGGCAUCAGGAGUUCACGCGCUUUGUGCCCAAAUUCAAGGUGUUGCCAUACUGGGGAAACCCUCAUGACCGCAAAGUGAUUCGUAAAUUCUGGAGCCAGAAAACGCUCUACACGCAGAACGCGCCGUUCCACGUGGUGAUCACAAGCUACCAGCUGGUGGUCCAGGACGUCAAGUACUUCCAGCGGGUCAAGUGGCAGUACAUGGUUCUGGACGAGGCCCAGGCACUGAAAAGCAGUACGAGCGUGCGGUGGAAGAUCCUCCUGCAGUUCCAGUGUCGAAACAGGCUGCUCCUCACGGGCACGCCCAUCCAGAACACGAUGGCGGAGCUGUGGGCCCUGCUCCACUUCAUCAUGCCCACGUUGUUCGAUUCCCACGAGGAGUUCAACGAGUGGUUCUCCAAGGACAUCGAGAGCCACGCGGAGAACAAGUCGGCCAUCGACGAGAACCAGCUUUCUCGACUGCACAUGAUCCUCAAGCCUUUCAUGCUGCGCAGGAUCAAGAAGGAUGUGGAGAACGAGCUCUCAGACAAGAUCGAAAUCCUGACCUACUGCCAGCUGACGUCUCGCCAGAGGUUGCUCUACCAGGCCCUCAGGAACAAGAUCUCCAUCGAGGACCUGUUGCAGUCCUCCAUGGGCACGGCCCAGCAGGCCCACAGCACCACGUCGUCCCUCAUGAACCUGGUCAUGCAGUUCAGGAAGGUGUGCAAUCACCCCGACCUGUUUGAGCGCCAGGAUACGCGCUCUCCUUUCCACAUGUCCCUCACGCCUUAUGUCCUGUCCAAGUUCCUCUACCGCCACGGCCUCCUCCACACUCACAGCCAGGCUAAGGACAAGUUGCUGCGAGUGCUUCUGUCUCCCUUUUCGCCAAAUAACAUCCAGCAGUCACUCUUUCACAGGAGAGGUGACGACCAAGGGAGCUGUUUUUCUUUCCUCCGCUUCAUUGAUGUCUCACCGGCCGAGAUGUCCAACCUCAUGCUGCAAGGCAACUUAGUCAGGUGGUUAGCCCUUUUUCUGUCUCUGAAGGCAGCGUACCGGCUACACUCUCAGCGGCUCUUUGACCUUCAGGAAGACAACGACAUCGAAGGAGACGAUAACAGGGGGAGGUCACGGAGGUCCUCGAGUAGGCAUCUGUCUCGCAAAGACCUCAUCUUGUGGGUCAACAGACCCACGGCCUUCCCCAACACACACACCAGCCCCGUGCUGCGGAACCUGGUCUUCACGGCCCUCAGGCCCGGCUUGGUGGGACACUCGGAUGUGAUGAUCCACUGCAGGCGCUCCUCCACCUCCAGGCUGUGGACCUGCCAGCCCACGCUUCCACCCAAGUUCCUGCUCAGCACCACGCCCAGGGUGACCGCAGUUCCCAUGGAGCGCUAUUCUGCUGACCGCAGCGCCGAGCACGAGUUGCGGGUGACGCGCAUCGGUGGGGGCACUGUCUUCAAGGAGUGCUUCCUCUAUGGCACGCCGGAGCUCGCCUCCGAUUGGCGCCAGAGGAGCGGCGCCUUCUUCCCGCUGUGCCCCGGCGGCGUCAUGGCCCUCUACCCUCAACACGGAUGGUCCUACAUUCGGAUACCAGAUAAGGAGAGUCUGAUCACGGAAAGCGGCAAGCUUCACACCUUGGACGUCCUGUUGAGUCGACUAAAGGCACAGGGGCACCGAGUCCUCAUCUACUCCCAAAUGACUCGCAUGAUCGACCUACUGGAGGAGUACAUGGUUUACCGCAAGCUAACCUACAUGCGCCUGGACGGGUCCUCCAAGAUCUCCGAGCGCAGAGACAUGGUGGCGGACUUCCAGAGUCGGACGGACAUCUUUGUGUUCCUGCUGAGCACCCGGGCAGGCGGGCUGGGCAUUAACCUGACUGCUGCAGACACCGUUAUCUUCUAUGACAGCGACUGGAACCCCACAGUGGACCAGCAGGCCAUGGACCGAGCCCACCGGCUGGGUCAGACCAAGCAGGUGACCGUCUAUCGGCUCAUCUGCCAGGGGACCAUCGAGGAGCGCAUUCUGCAGCGCGCCAAGGAGAAGAGCGAGAUCCAAAGGGUCGUGAUCUCCGGCGGCAACUUCAAACCCGACACGCUCAAACCCAAAGAGGUGGUCAGCCUGCUGCUGGACGAUGACGAGCUGGAGAAGAAACUGCGUCAGCGGCAGGAGGAGAAGCGACAGCAGGAGGAGAGCAGCAAAGUGAAGGAGCGCAAGAGGAAGAGGGAGAAGUAUGCUGAGAAGAAGACGGAGGAGUCGGAGAACAAGAAGAGGAAGGAGGCCAACCUGGUCAUCUCGCACGCGCCCUCGGCCGACAACUCCAACUUGUCUGCGGACGGAGACGACUCCUUCCUCAGCGUGGAGAUGGACUCGGCCAUGCCCAGCCCCUUCAGCGAGCCCGUGUGCGUGUCUUUGUGUGCUCCUGUCGGCCAACAGAUCUCGCUGAGCAGCGAGCUUCAACCCGGCUCGCUGCCGCCGGACGCUGACGAGAGCAGCAGCGACAUGUUGGUCAUCGUGGACGAGCCGCUGUCGUCCGCGCAGCAGUCCCGCGCCACCAGCUCCCCUGCAUCCGUGUCCGGCUCCGUCUCGGACAACAUGAACGGCGUUUCUGCAUCGGACACGAUCAGCCCCGGCAGAGGUCGGUCGGGUCGAAGUCGAGGACGUCCUAAAGGAUCCGGAGGCGGGCCCAAGUCCGGGGGCAAAGGGCGCGGACGCAAGUCUACGGCGGGCAGCGCGGCGGCCAUGGCGGGAGCCAUGGCGGGCGCGGCGGCCGCCUCGGCAGCAGCAUACGCCGCCUACGGCUACAGUGUUUCCAAAGUGGGCCUCGCCAUGUCCAACCCCCUGCAGCCUUCGGUGGGCCGUGCCGGCGCCGGUCCCGCUUUUAACGCCGGCAGAAGCGCCUCGUCUCCGCAGGUCACGGGCAGCGGCGCCUCUGCUCCGAGCCCCAGCAAGCAGCUGGUCCACGGCCACCACCUGGCCGCCGUCAGGAAGACCAAGGGUGCCGGCGUUUCUGGACCACAAUGAUGCACUCACGCACUCUUUACCUUGCAUUAACGCAACACGACGACAACCGCCGGCCUACUCUCACUGUGAUCCUUGACCACGCCCCGUGCCUAAGACAGUACCGUACCUUGUUUGUAUUCACGCUCUCAUGCUAAAUGUCACAAAACACACACACUUAGCGGUUACCGACACGGCCCCAACUCCUAUUUCUUUCAUGACAGGAAGCUCUUUCAUGCAUCGCCGGGUUCCAAGGGCUGUCCAACGCACUGAGCCACGUCUUCCAUGUUUGUUAGCGAUCAUCCUCGUGCACUGAAUAUGCUCCACGUGCAUUUCACCGUACCGACCCGCGGCUUUUGUACUAAAAGCGCCUAUUUUUCUAAUGAAAAGACUAGCCAGCAGGGUUUAUAUAUAGAAUACAUAUUUUUUUGGUCAAAUAUGCCAUGUAAAAUAUUCCAAAAUGAGGGUUAAACUGGCGGAAACUGAGAUGCUGCUAUAAAAGUGAAUAAUUUAAUUGAAGCGAGUGCGUCAUUUAGUAAGUUAUUUCAGUUGACAAUUUGCCGUAACUGUGAAUAGCACAUCCACUUGUAAAACUUGUGUACAUUGUAUUGAAGUCAGCUCUAUAAAUAUAUAUGGUAUAUAUUAUUUUUGGGGGUCAGAGAGGGUGCGGCGUGAAUAACGUGGCUCAUCGUUGGUGUCGUUUACAAUGUGUGAGUUUCAGGUUUGUGUUGAUAAUGUGAUAAACGUAUGAUCUUCUCUGGCAUAUAUGUACAUAAUGACGAGGGGGGGGGCCAACGGCUCCCCUGGCUUUCCCCCGCGUUCACCUGUCUAUUUUUAUAGGUCACGUGUACAUAAUUGAUAAAUGCAUCUGUUGUUUUACUAACAGGAAGAGUCAGGUGGAAAUAAUAAACAUGCUGUGUCAGUCUUGAGAUGAAAUCUUGUGUCACAAUGCGACUUACAAGAAGAUGCAUGUUGAUUAGAAGUCUUAUGGUUAUUUUGAAAUCCCCGGUGUACUUCCUGUUUUCAAGCAAGACCUGGGUGCAGUAGAAGCCAUGCAAGAUAUGAAAUUUGCUAAAUAUUAGAAAAUAAAGGGGAGACGUACGAUUCUUGGACAUUAGCAGUGAUCCAGUCAGAAUUGAAUAACAGGACCAUUUUGUGGUAAAAGUGAUCAAGACUUCAUGCUCUGUUUUAUUUUGAAAUCCCCGGUGCACUUCUUGUUUUGAAAUGCUGCCACAGUCAUGUAAAUGUAAUGUUUUUAUGAAUAACAUUUGGAUUCCUUAGUGCACAGGAAGGUAUUCAAGAGAAUUAAACAUUUUUGCUCAUAAUUACUAAAAAAUGUACAUUAGAUUUGAUGAUAAACUUAAUGUACAAGGAAGUUAAAUGAGCAAUUAAACAUGUACAAGCAGGACUGUUUUCUCGUAAAAGUGAAUUUUCCAAAGCUUUUAAACCACCCAGAAAGUGAAAAUGCUUUCAGCAGAUACUAUAUACAGUGCUGCAUGUUGCAAAAAUGGUAUAGAAUGCUAUAAUCCAAAAAUGGCGGACUUUUCCCAAACUUUCCCACAAUUCUCGGUUUCAAGAUGGCGUCUUGCAUGGAAGACGGCGAAAUUAAUCAGCAUUAGUCGGUUGAGUUUGGAUUAGAGAAGUUUUUCAAGACAAGAAAGCGCAUUUGGUCACAAAUGUCUUGAUUUAUGUGUAUUGUAUUAUCACUACACUGUUUUGCUUCACGCAUCGAGACUCUUUGUGGCUUUGGCUUAAAUGUGAGUAGCGAUUUCCUGUCCACUUUGUGUCUCAUUAUUUUAGACAUCCUAUACUUUUACAUUGAAUAUUAGUUUUUAAACAUUUAAGCAGCUUUGGAAACGAAGUCUCCACUAACUACAAGCAGAUGCCUGGUAAGUGUUUGUCAGGAAACAUAUUGUUAUGAAGAGAAAACAGUAAAAUCUCACGUCAAUAAUGACCAAAAACAUAAAAAAUAUGUAAAUGAACUCGCAAUGAAUACGCAGGUAGGAACCGUUGGGAUGCUAAAUGAUGCCAAGGGGGAAUCAUUUGAAUGAGACACGUGUAUGGUUUAAUGUAGACGUGCCACAGUCCACUAAUAGGAGUCCAUUAUUUAAUCAUAUUUCAUGUUCUGUGCUAGGUUAUUGCCCCAAAUAAUAUAAAA